AUGACAAAAGGGACCUGCAGCCUGAACAGCCCUGCGUUCAUUUUGUCGACAACACCAAAGCAAUCUCCAAUCUCUCAUUUGAACAAGCCACUUUCUGGCAUUACUGUGGCCAGUGACUGUGAUAGUUUGGCUAGAAGUUCCGAAGACCAGAUUGGAACUCUUAUUGACUUGUCUGUGACCAACAAAAACAUUGACCUGAAGAGUCAGCAGCUCCAGGACAAUUUACUGAACAACACUGAUGACCUGUUGAACUUCAACAGUGUCAAUUCGGCUACUGGUGAUCAUAAAAAUACCUUAUUACCUUUCGAAGACAACGCACCUCAACGACAGGAUGUUUCUGUGACCCUCACAGGAGAUGUCUCUGGGAGUUACAAAUGUGAAUCUCCCUCUCUUGGUAAGUAUUUGGUUGACAUGGGUAAAAAUGGCAUUGUGUUAAAGGACAAAAUUUUAGCUUUCAUUUGCAUCAUGAACCAUCAAAAUAUACCAGAAAAAACCUGGUUUCAAGAAGUAGCCACCCUUAUUUUAGUAAUUCAAAAGGGAUGUUGUCUGAACUCAUUUAAUGGUAUCAAAGUUCCUGGCAAUAGAACUAAGGUGCCGGAGGGUCAACUGUCCUAUCCUCUGCCGUUAUCAGCUGAUACCAAUUGUAACAACAGUACUCAGGAUGCUGACAUCCACUCAAACAGGAACAUCUUGCAAACGGUGUCCCUGGAACCAAGGCCAGCUUUGCCCCCACUUACGUCUUCUUCUGAAGGACAGUUUCAACUGUUAUCACCAAACUGUGAUACCUGUGGUGACAACUACAGUUCUCACAGCCAGAGUGAUAACCGUUCAGGCAAUCACAUUGCUGGUGAGCGAAGCAUUUCAAAGACCCGGAAUCUUCCGAUUUGUGCUCAGCAAAAAACAGUUGAUUCCGGUUCUUCUGCUUCCUCUUCUCUAGACGUUGGAGGCGGCAAAGGUGGGGGAAAUGAUUGUGCAGGUAAUGACAGCUGCAUUCACUGUGACAUUAGGGGCACUGACUCUAACACUCUUCCUUCUUGCACAGGCACAGAUUCUCACCUUUCAGAAAAGACAACAAUAAAUGACAACCGCAUUGAUGUGUACAAAACUCUCGCUGGCACUAGAGUCAGUACAACUACAACACCAAAUACUAUUAUCGAUACAACACCUCCUACUCUACCUACCAUUACCUUUAGCUCUGCCGUUGCUGCUACUUCAAUAGACUCUUCUACUGUUGCCACUACCACACUGACUUCUAGCGCUGCUGCUACUACUACUACUACAGCUAAUGUUUCCGAAAGAACCGAAGCUUCUCCCUCCCCUAAUACCACAGCUUUGACGUCCAUUUAUUAUCCCCAUAACAAUGCGAGUGACCAUGGUGUUGGCGAUGCCGCAAACGGCAGAACCACACCAAUUACCUCCGCUGAUUAUUUGUGGCAUCACCUGGAGCAGCUGAUGUCGCAUAGAAAUAACCAGGUAGUUAAACUGCUUUUCAGCUAUGGAAUCGACAGCAGUCCAAUUCCCACUUCAGGUAGGACUACGGAACAUUCCAAAGAGAACCACAUUUGGAAAAGAAUUGAAGAACAUGUUCCUACACUUUAAACUAAGUUUAAAUGCAUUAAAUGCACAUACAGGUAACACACAUACAGGUAAGACAUACCUGUGUGUUAAUUUGUGGGACAAAUUUCAUAUGAUCUAAUGGUU